UUCAAAGGUUUGUUUGAUAAAGUAAACGAUGCACAGCUUUUUAAGGCUAGCUGGCUACUAUAAAACCUACAACUGUGCCUGUGAAUUCAAUAAUCGUCUAGAGCCACACUCAGCCAAGAUGAAGUUCAUCGUUCUUGCAGCCCUUUUUGCCUGUGCUAUGGCUAUGCCACAGCGUAUGGUCAUGCCCCGUUUGCCCGCUUCGGUCAUCAUGAAGGGCAAAUACCAGCUGAUCCCAUCCAACAGGAUCGUUGGAGGAACAGUCGUAGAGCCCAACUCUCUUCCCUUCCAGAUUUCUCUGCAGCGCCGUAGUGCCCUUGGCUCCUACUCCCAAUCUUGCGGUGGAUCCAUCCUCGAUGCCAACGUCAUCAUCGAUGCUGCCCACUGCGUUAGAGGAGUUGACGCUACCAUCCUUCGUGUCGUCGCCGGUGAGCACAGCCUGAGGACCGACAGCGGCCUCGAACAGAACCGUGGUGUUGUCAGCUUCAAAAUUCAUGAAGAGUACAGGCCCUUAACCUUUGAGAACGACAUCUCUCUGCUCUUUUUGGAUGCUCCAUUGGACCUGAGCGUCCCUUCUGCACAGGCCAUUUUCUUGCCUCCACCAACCGAAGAGUUCGACCCUGCUUCCGGUCUUAUUCUCACCGUAUCUGGAUGGGGAACCACUAGCUCCGGUGGUAUCAUCUCCGACGAGCUCCGCCGCGUUGAAGUCCCCGUAGUCUCCGACGCUGAUUGCAACGCCGCCUAUGGUGGAACCGCAGACGCCCCAGAAGUCUUCCCUUCCAUGAUCUGCGCUGGUGACACGUCCAACGGUGGAAUUGACUCUUGCCAAGGUGACUCUGGUGGCCCUCUUUUCGUUCUCCCUCUCGAUGGUAACGCUGCUGAAGCCCGACAGGUCGGUAUCGUUUCCUGGGGUCAGGGCUGCGCCUUGGCUGCAUAUCCUGGUGUCUACACUCAGGUGUCUUACUUCCGACAGGUCGGUAUCGUUUCCUGGGGUCAGGGCUGCGCCUUGGCUGCAUAUCCUGGUGUCUACACUCAGGUGUCUUACUUCUUGGACUGGAUCGCUACCAACAGGGUCUAAAUCGUCAAAGAAAAACGGUGUCGAAUGAAGCAAUGGAGACCUAAUGAACGUUUAAUGUUUCCUAACAUUAAUUUCAUGAAGGUUCAAUAAACGCAAAUGAAAAAAAAAAACAUGGUUAUGAACAAAA